UUACGUUGACUGUCAUAAUACGGAAGUGUGUAGCUGGACAUGAGUCUAUUCGGUCUUGUCAUGUGUUUAUCUGUUGAAUAUUAAAUUCCUAGUCUACAAUGUCAGUUAAGCCCGAGGAGGAGCUGGUGAAGGAAUGGGAAAGGGAGCAGGCGGAGCUGAAGCAGCGUCUCCAGGUCGGGGACACUGAGGACUGGCAGACGAGCCCCUGCUUCACUGGACUGGAGCGAGUCGGAGGAGUGGACCUGUCCUUCAUCAAAGGGGACGACAUCAAUGCCUGUGCACAACUGGUCGUGCUCAGCUACCCAGACAUGAAGCUGCUCUACCAGGACAGUCAGAUGGUGGCGCUGGACGCCCCAUACGUGGCCGGCUUCCUGGCCUUCCGGGAGACGCCCUCGCUGCUCCACGCCCUGCGGAGGCUGCAGGAGGCCCAGCCCAGUCUGAUGCCACAGGUGGUGUUUGUUGAUGGGAACGGACUCUUCCAUUACCGAGAGUUUGGCUUGGCCUGUCACCUGGGGGUGCUGUCAGGUUUGCCCUGCAUCGGAGUGGCCAAGAACCUGCUGCAGGUCCAGGGGGUGGUCCGGGAUGAGCAGCACCUCUCUCAGAUCAAUGCACUGCAGAAAGGAGGAGACACAUUCCCCCUGACCUCCCAAUCAGGGAGAGAGCUGGGAAAGGCCCUGCGCAGCUCCGACUCCAGCACCAAACCCGUGUAUGUGUCGGUGGGCCACCGCAUCAGUCUGGACGCGGCUGUACGCCUCACUCAUGCCUGCUGCCGCUACCGCGUGCCAGAGCCCAUCAGACAGGCUGACAUGCUCUCCAGGGAGUACCUGCGCAAACACUUCCCCUCGGCAGACCUGCAGACUCAGGAUGGAGGACAGCGGUGACCUUGGGGGAGGAAUCCGCCAAAGAUACCAUUGACAGCAACACGAGGCCCAGUGGAGCAGUCUGUACACCAUGCCAACUGUAACAGGGGGUGUUUGUGUGUGUGUGUGUGUGUGUCCGCAUUGGACGAUGAUUUCACCACCUCUACAAUCAUCUGAACAGUAUAGAAUUGUUUUUAUAUUUUAAAUAUAUAAAUGUGUGCACCAGAAUUUAUU